CCCUUUCGUAUUUCCUUCUACAACUUUCUCACCUCACUACACUCAUUGAAAUCUCUCAUCGUUCCCACACUCUUUUGCUGCUCACACUCGUUAUCUCACUUCUACCCGCUACACCCUCAGUCGCUCCCUCGAUCACAACCAUAUCUAUUCAGCAAGAUGCAUAGUAUGCGUGCACUCGCCCUUGUCGCAGUUGCUGGUGCUGCCGCCGAAGCAAGUCAACAGGGUCACAUCAUGGAGCACAUUCACGCUCCGGCUAUGAUUCCUCGCGACCACUGUACUGAUCUUCCGAAGCUCUGCACAGAUCCGGUGCUCUUGCGCGGUCAUGAGAUCACUCUGACCUAUCUAUGUCCCGAGACCGAAGGCCCAUCCACUGUCACCGCCACCACAACGCGUACUAUCACCGUGACAGUAGGCCUGACCUCUAGCGUUCCUGUUGUGGCUACCUCGGACAGUCAGACGCCUGUGAUAGAAGAGCCCACCACGACUGAGACGGUCAAGUCAACAACUCAGGUCACUGUCACCAAGUUUGUCACUAGAGUCACCGCUAGCACUACUUCGUCGCCUCUUUCUCCACCUACCAUCACCUGGUCCUUCACGGCUAUUCCUCCUGGCGUUGGCUCCACACCAGUGUCUUCUGUCAAGGCUCCUACAUCUGGCGCCAGCAGCUCUUUCGAGUUGUCCCCUAGCCAUGUAAUUAACAGCUCGUCUUCCGUUGCCUCUACAUCCUCGAAACCUACAUCUAGCGCCAGUGGCUCUCUCGAGCAUUUCCCUACUUAUGUCAUCGUCAACUCGUCUUCGAUCGCUUCAACAUCCUCGGUGGCUACUUUACCUUCCCUCGGUAUCCAUAGGCCGAUCUACUGGAACCACACGGCUGUUCACCACACUGGCGUUCAUCACAUUAUCGAUCACCCUACUCUGAACGUAGUAAGGGAUGCCGAGGCCAAGUCCACCGAGACUGUCACUACUACCGCUGCGAUCGCGACUGAGAGUAAAAAGGGUCAGGCAGGAGAUACCCAGGCCUCAUUCAUUGCGCUAUUCUUCGGUGUGUUGGCUGCCACCCUACUUAUCUAGGAAAGCAUGGAUGGCUACUCCUGUUGGAUACCUGUAUGGUGCUGUCAUGAAAGGGAGGUCUGGACAGCAUGUACGAUGAUGUUACGACGAGACAUGUGGAAUGUUUUCACGAGAUUCAUGAAAUGUAUUUUAGCAUGAUGUCGAGAUGGUCUUAUGAGGCGGACAGAGAUAUCCCACCCAACGAAUACAUAAUUGUAUGUGAAUCGCUUGGGCUCUUGAAUGACAUGUGCUAUAGGUUGGUAAUUUGAGGAUACUGGAUCUACAAGGCGUAAGAUUGGUCCAGAGUAUUUGAGGAUCUAUUCGAAGAAUAUGGCCCAUCAAUGGUAAAGUAGAGCACACACCUGUGGUCGUGAUUUAGCUCUUUUCGUGCGAUGCAACUUCGAACCGUGGAAAACCUUGCUUCAACGCC